AAGGCUGUGGAUGCAGAGAGCGACACGAUCUCUCGCGCAUUCUCCUCCAACAAGGCCAUCUCCCUCUAACAUAACUCACCAACUACUUUACUCGUGUCUACUACAUGUCAUCUAUGUAGUAUAUAUAAUUACAACUGACCCAAACAAAACUACACAUCUCUUCAAAUCUCCCUCCCUCUCUCUCUCUUACAGCAACCCGAUCUCUCUCUAUCUCUCCAAACUAAACAACCCCUUCUCUUCAAAUAUCUCUCUCUCUCUCUCCCCCUUCCUAUAUAUCAAUUCAAGAUAUGAUUCCCAGCAGCGAAGACAAUGCAACAGCCACACCGACGGUGGUGAUCAACAAUCUCCGCUUCACAUACCCCGGCAUCGACGGCCACCCACCACCCGGUUCAAAGCCACUCAUUCAAGAUUUCUCUCUGACUCUCAAUCCGGGUCAUCGCUGUCUUCUCGUCGGAGCUAAUGGCGCCGGCAAAACUACGAUAUUAAAGAUUUUAGGAGGGAAGCAUAUGGUGGACCAAGAUAUGGUUCGGGUCAUGGGUCGAUCCGCGUUCCAUGACACUUCUUUGAUUUCAUCUGCCCAAUUGUGUUAUCUCGGUGGAGAGUGGAGGCGUGAAGUUGCUUUUGCUGGAUUUGAUGUUCCAAUACAAAUGGAUAUUUCUGCUGAGAAGAUGAUUUAUGGAGUAUCUGGGGUUGAUCCACAAAGAAGAGAUGAACUUAUUAAGGUGUUAGAUGUUAAUUUGUCGUGGAGAUUACAUAAGGUAUCAGACGGCCAGAGAAGAAGAGUGCAAAUAUGUAUGGGAUUGUUAAAGCCAUUUAAGGUUCUUCUUCUUGAUGAAAUUACAGUUGAUCUAGAUGUGCUUGCAAGGGCUGACCUUCUAAGCUUUCUUAAAAAGGAUUGUGAAGAGCGCGGUGCUACUAUUAUCUAUGCAACCCAUAUAUUCGAUGGCCUUGAGAGUUGGCCUUCUCAUAUCGUUUAUGUGGCUCAUGGGAAGCUGCAGUUAGCAAUGCCUAUGGAUGAAGUUAAGAAAAUCAGUAAAUUGUCACUAAUGAGAACUGUGGAGAGCUGGCUAAGGAAAGAAAGAGACGAGGCUAGAAAGGUAAGGAAGGAAAGGAAAGCUAAGGGUCUUCCUGAAUUCGAAGAUCAAGUGGAUGGCACUCGUGUUAUUGGGGAUCCAGCACGUCCAGUAAACAAUGGCUGGGCAGCUGGAAGACUUAACUCGACCGUUGCUGGAGAAGAGAAUUUUGUCCUCAGUUCAAACAGAGUGAUCAGACAGUAGGCUCAUUCACAUAAAGACACAUCAUAAACAAACAUGAUUUAUAGCUAUACCUAUUUUUAAUUUAUAUUCAGUAUUUGUUGUAUAUGGCUUGCAGUUUUUCUAUUGCUACGGCAAACCUGAAUAUGAUUCCUGAGCUAUGGGAAUAUUAUAUAUUCAUUUUUAUGUACCCCGUGUAAGUUUUAUUAAUGCAAAUACAUCAAUAAAGCAGUUGUGUUCUGGCA